CGGUGCUCCCGAGCCAAGAUCGCGUGGCCGAGACCAGUCACUCCCUGACUCCCAUCACCGGGCUCGCUGGCCGGCCGGCCACGCGCUUUGACGCGGCCGCCAGGGAGCGGCGCUGAUAAAAACGCCGCGCCCCCGUGCCUGCAGCGACCACCACUCGGUUGCUCUGCUCUGCUCGCUCGCCACGAGGCUUUGCCUUUUGCGUGCGUUCACCACCGGGACGAGGCGGCCGUGCGUGCGUGAGGCUUGCGCGCGCGUGCCCCAGGCCACAGCUCGUCUCGAGCUGCUGGAGCCCCCGGUGAUUGGUGGUUUGCUCCGGAACAGGAAGCUAGCUGGGAGAAGAUGGCGGGGGGCGGGGGCGGGAGGGACCUGCCGUUGACGCCGACGUGGGCGGUGGCGCUGGUGUGCGCCGUCAUCGUGCUCAUCUCCGUCGCCAUGGAGCACGGCCUCCACAGGCUCGGACACUGGUUCCACACGCGGCAGAAGAAGGCCAUGCGGGAGGCGCUCGAGAAGAUCAAAGCAGAGCUGAUGCUGAUGGGCUUCAUCUCCCUGCUCCUCGCCGUGGCGCAAACGCCCAUCCCCAAGAUAUGCAUCCCUGCCAAGGCUGGCAGCGUCAUGCUGCCGUGCAAACCCAAGGGCGGCGGCAAAAGCGGCGGCGGCGAUGGCCACCGGAGGCUCCUCUGGUACCCUGGAGAAGAAGUCAACCAUCGCCGGUUCUUGGCCGGCGGCGGGGCUGGUGACGACUUUUGCGACACAAAAGGCAAGGUGUCACUGAUCUCCACGAACGGCGUCCACCAGCUGCACAUAUUCAUCUUCGUGCUCGCGGUGUUCCAUGUCGUUUACAGCGUCGCCACGAUGACUCUAGCACGUCUGAAAAUGAGGAGAUGGAAGAAAUGGGAAUCAGAGACCAACUCGCUGGAGUAUCAGUUCGCAACCGAUCCUUCACGAUUCCGGUUCACACACCAAACGUCGUUCGUGAAGCGGCACCUGGGCCUCCCGAGCACACCUGGAGUCAGAUGGAUCGUGGCAUUCUUCAGGCAGUUCUUUGCUUCGGUGACCAAGGUGGAUUACCUGACCAUGCGCCAAGGCUUCAUCAACGCUCAUCUGUCGCCCAAUGCUAAGUUCGAUUUCCAAAAGUACAUCAAGCGGUCGUUGGAGGACGACUUCAAAGUCGUCGUUGGCAUCAGCCUGCCGCUAUGGUUUGUCGCCAUCUUCAUACUCUUCAUCGAUAUCCAAGGACUCGGCACGCUUAUUUGGAUCUCUUUCGUCCCACUCGUUAUCCUCUUGUUAGUUGGAACCAAGCUAGAGAUUGUCAUCAUGGAGAUGGCCAAGGAAAUACAGGACAAGGCGACUGUGAUCAAGGGGGCACCUAUCGUGGAGCCAAGCGACAGGUUCUUCUGGUUCAACCGGCCUGAGUGGGUCCUGUUUCUCAUACACCUGACGCUCUUCCAGAAUGCAUUCCAGAUGGCGCAUUUCGUUUGGACAUUGCUCACCCCAGGCUUGAAAGAUUGCUACCACGAAAAUCUGGGACUGAGCAUCAUGAAAGUUGCAGUGGGGCUGGCUCUUCAGGUCCUCUGCAGCUACAUCACCUUCCCUUUAUAUGCACUCGUCACACAGAUGGGCUCGCACAUGAAGAAGACCAUCUUCGAGGAGCAGACGGCGAAGGCGGUGAUGAAAUGGCGCAAGGCGGCCAAGGACAAGGUGAAGCAGCGGGAGGCAGGCUUCGACGGGUUGAUGAGCGCGGACACGACGCCGAGCCAGAGCCGGGCGACGUCGCCGAGCCGCGCCAACUCGCCGGUGCAGCUGCUGCACAAGUACAGGGGGAGGUCGGAUGAUCCCCAGAGCGCCCCGACCUCGCCGGGGCGAGGACAGGAGCUCGAGGACAUGUACCCGGUGGCCGACCAGUACCGGCUGCACAGGCUAGACCCUGAGAGGAGGCGGACGGCCUCGUCCACCGCCGUGGACAUUGAUAUCGCCGAUGCUGAUUUUUCGUUCAGCGUCCAGCGGUGAUGCAACAGAUUUGUGUAGCAUGUUUUGUCUUUUCUUUUGUAUAGCAAAGCAUAGGAGGGGAUACUACUGACACGUUAGGCAAGUUUCGUUUAUUCAAAAACAAUAUGUAAUAAUGGAUGCAGAGAGCAUCACAACAUCUAAGCACAUGAACUUCGGACUUCUCUA